CCUAAAAGAAUGAAGAACCCUAAAAUUGAAAUUUAGGGUUUAUGGAUUCGGCCGUGUGCGAGACGUGCGGCAACGUGGGACUCCAGAAGGGAGGCGAUGGAUUCCACUACUGUACUGCCUGUGGCACGCAAUCCCAGAAUUUCAUGGAGGAGGAUUUGGGGGAUUUCGAUGGGACGCUAGGGCAGGACGCCACUGGAAGGCGAACAUUCGCCUAUGCACGGCAUCACAAUGUGGAGCGCCAAGAACAGGAGGAGCAGCUCCGCAAGCUCAACGAGAUGCUGCGAGGAGCCACGGGGGAUUUGGAUCGAAAUAUCGACGAUCCGGCCGCGGCCAGGGCGAGGGAGGAGGCAUUGCUGCGCGCGAUGUCGCAGAGGCAUGGCGAGGAGGAGGCGGCGCUGGAGAGGAUGAGGGAUUCUCUCGCCUCGCAAUUCGUCACGGCGGACAAGGUCCACAUCUGGUCGGGAUCGCAGCAGAUGUAUGAUGUUUCGGAGCUGCCCGAUCGCCUCGCCGCGCACAUCCGCGAGUACUACGUCCAGGGCUUGCAGACGAUCAUCCAGCUCCAGUGCGAGUCUCUUGUGGAGAAUUUCGGGGUGAGUCCUUUGAUCUGCCGCAUCGUUGGGCCGAUCUGGCUGCGCUUCGUGGCUUCCACGCGGGUGUUUGAACGAGAAUGGGCGAGCGAGGCUAUUCUUUUGGCCGAUGCCCGGAGUCUCAAGGAGAAGGCCAAGAAGCUCAAGCUCAAGAAGGAAAGCUCCACUCUUCCGGCACCAGAGAAGAUCGAGGCAAAAAAUGGUGGUGGUGGCACCAACAAGAGCAAGCACGCUAAGCCCAGGAGAAAGAAGAAAGCCAAAAGACUCGACAAAGUUCCAUUCACGCAAACUGGAUUGAAGAUGUCGAGGGUAUGGACGGACUCUCUCAAGCGUCGGCUUCCUCUCCGGAUUACUCUGGCGAUGGUGUUCUUGGCGUGCUACGUAAUCCGCGAGCCUGUUCUUGCCACUGAUAUCUCGACUUGGGCCGGGCAAGGAUCGCUGCCUUACUUGACGGCGUUUCUCAGCAUGCAACCCAAGCGUUUCUCCGGGCCCGACUUGAAAGCCAUUCACGUCGCCGAGCUCGAUCCAAGGAAUUUGUUCCGGCCACUGUUCUUGAGCAACGCCAGCAUGAUCGAGCUGCUGGCCGCUCACGUCGCAAGUCGUCUGGAACUCGAGCUACCUACGGUGAACUUCCAGGCCAUCUCACUCAGUCUGCUGAAGAAACUGGGGAUUGGGAAAGAUGAAGUUAUGGGCAUUUUGGAGCGGCUAUACCAGUGGUAUACUCCGGAUGGACUUUGGCUCUCGGCUCGGAAGCGAGCGUUUCCAACGUCUGCCUAUGUCACCGCUAUGUUGAUCGUGGCGCUCAAGAUCUUGUACAACGUAUAUGGCAACGCGGUGAGCAUCUUGUAUUGGCCAGCCUUUUUGGAGCGCCUCGACGUGACAAGCACUCGCCGAGCAAAUUUUCAGGAUCAGCUGGAAACCAUUGAGAAAGAGUUGCUGGAGGACGCUCUAAGACCAGAGGCGGAACUCAAGGACUAUCUGAACUACUGCCAAGAAAAAGUUUUCGCGGGGACGAGAAACCCCCCUGACGAAGAAAUGCUAUACGAUCAUUUCUGGGAAUGUUUCGAGAAGCUCUCGCUGAAAGAUCCCAUCAGCGAAGCUGGUGAUGACGAUCCCAAGCAACAGAAAGAGGAAGAAGUGACAACGACACAGCACCGUAACAUCUCCGAAAGCGACGAGCUGACGCUUGGAAGCGGUGCGUGGUCGAGAGCUCCAAGCAUCCAGAAACAAAAGUCGGGAUCAUCAAGGGAGUUACUUGACAACGAUCGAAACAAGGAUCUCCAAGAGCAAGAACUCGGCGAGAUCGUCACUCCAGCAGCAGCGGUGGAAUUGGAGGAAGUUACAUCGGAGAACCGGGAGCUCCGACGCAUCCAGCAGGCCAAAAACAAGCUCCUCGACUCCAUCUCUCACGAGCUCCAAGCUUGCGGCUUCAAGCUCGUCCCGAGCAGCUUACCAAACGGGAUUGGAUCGGCAGCGGCAUACUCUUACGCGAUUUUUCCACUGCUGGACCACUUACGGAAAUCCACCAAGUACGUAUAUGGCGAUUACUUCGUCCUUCUCUACGCUUUCUCCAAGAUCACGAAGAUCAAGCCCAACGUCAUCCAUAAGUGUGUCCAGUUCAUAGAGGCCGACCUCUGGAGGAUAGAACAAAGAGUAGAACGCUAUGUAGAUAGAUUUAAUGAAAAUAGACGGUGACGAUUGAGCUA